AUUUUCUCUCGACCGGGUUACACAAACUGAUCGAGCUGCACUCUAUCAUCAGUGUUCAGCUGCCCGACCGAGCCAAGCACGAAGGCCAAAGCAAGCUUUGACAUGGCGGCUGCGGCUGCCACUCGUUCACUGCAUUCCUUCCUUGUACUGCUUAUUCUCCUGUUGCCCGCGGCUGCGGCUGCGGCGUCGUCAUCGUACGAAACCAAGUCCAUAGAUCCUGGACUCGUCGUGAUGACGCUGCCGGAGCCGGUGUCCGGGCCGGAGAGUCUCGCCUUCGACGGGCGCGGCGGCGGGCCAUACUCCGGCGUCUCCGACGGCCGCAUCCUCCGGUGGCAAGGUCGCCUCCGGGGAUGGACCGAGUUCGCCUACAACUCCAAGCAUAAGAGCAUGGCGGUGUGCGCGCCGGACAAGAAGCUGGUCGUGCCGGAGAGCCUGUGCGGGCGCCCGCUGGGCCUGCAGUUCCACCGGCGGUCCGGCGACCUUUUCAUCGCCGAUGCGUACCUGGGGCUGCUCAGGGUUGCCGCGCGCGGCGGGCUGGCGGAGGUCGUGGCGACGGAGGCCGGCGGCGAGCCGUUCAACUUCCUCAACGGACUCGACGUUGACCAGCGGACCGGCGACGUCUACUUUACUGACAGCAGCACCACGUACAGGAGGAGUGACUACCUGCUGGUGGUGGCGCUGGGCGACGAGACGGGCCGCCUGCUGCGCUACGACCGCCGGAGCCGCCGCGUGUCCGUGCUCCAGUCGGGCCUCUCCUACCCGAACGGCGUGGCGGUGAGCGCGGACGGCACGCACGUGGUGGUGGCGCACACGGCGCUGUGCGAGCUGCGGAGGUACUGGGUCCGCGGCGCCCGGGCGGGCACCUCCGACUCCGAGACCUUCGCGGAGCUGCCGGGGUACCCGGACAACCUGCGCGCCGACGGCCGCGGCGGGUACUGGGUGGCGCUGAGCAACGGCGUCGCCGCUGCGGGCGGCGGCGGCGAGGAAGCGGCGCCCACGGUCGCCGUCAGGGUCUCCCGCGAGGGCAACGUGACGGAGGCGCUGGACGGGUUCAGCUUCGUGUCCGUGAGCGAGGUGGCCGAGCGAGGCGGCGCGCUCUGGGUCGGGUCCGUCGACACGCCGUACGCCGGCGCGCUGAAGCGGCGUACCAGCUAGUGCUUUCGUCUUCUGCAACUAUAUUUGUACCGUGCAGACGCGCCGUUUUGUCAUAUGCAACUGUACUAUAUGUGCGUGCAUGCAUGUAUAUGUGGUGGCAUCAGCAGCGUGAAAGACAUGCAAUUUGACUGUACGUACCUCUGCUCUGGAUAUAUAGGUGUGCCAUGUCGUCGUCGUA